UUUGUGUGGAGGUCAAUUUGAAUGGCUCGCCUUCGGCUUACUAAUCCUAAAAGGCCGUUCAUUUUGUUUAGGCCUGAGAAUGCGCACCACAGUUGGAUCAGAUUGUUGGUCAGGGUCGAUGGUCAAUGCUAAUAUGACAACUAUUCCCAACAAUGAAACCAAAAUUCUUCAGAAUUCACAGAGCAAUCAUCAAUCUUCUUCUCUCUCAACCCAGUCAUCCAGUGGCUGUUCCACUAAGUCACAAGCUCCACAGGAAUAUCCAGUUUCUUAUCUUAGCGUUGGUCAUGUCAAUGAGGAAACAGAUGAACCCAAAUCUAACAGGGAAAAGUCAAUUAGAUUUUCCGGUGUUACAGUCUAUUCAUUCGCCCGCCAACAAGGCUUUUCAUCUAUUCCUGACGAUGGCUGGUGCACACUUGGUAUGGCGCAGAAACAUUUUAGUGUCUCUCAGUUAGAUCUUCACCAACAUAGAAUUCUACAAAGACUUCGACGAAAACAACGUAAAUUGCUUUCCCAAAAAAGUCGGUUUAUUCCGGAAAUGUCAGGUCGCGGACGUGGUAAAAGUAAGAUUAAAGGAAGAGGUAGACGUGCAAACGGAUUAUGCAGCCGUAGUCCUGGUGACUCAUGUCGUGUGCCGAUUUUAUCGUCACCUCCUCCACUUUCCCCACAAAUUGGUCCUGAGAAGUUCCAUAUUAUCGAUCCAACAGACAGUGCAAUUCCUGGUUCUUACGCUACACCUCCUCCCCCUUGUUUGUCUCCUCCCUCACCUAGGAGGUUCCUCCAUACUUUAGAUGAAUCCUUCCUUAAUAAUAAUAUAUGUAACUCACUCGAUUCUAUGGAUACGGAUUCCGAGGCAUCUCUUGAUCAGAUUCCUUCCAUUAAUUCAUCGGAACGCACUCAUAACAAUACACAGGAAAAGUUAAUGCCCAUACACUCAGCUGCUAGAAUAAAGCUUUUAAGGUCAUCUGGUGUGAGGGAAAUUGAUGAAUCAGAACGCCUUGUAUGUACUUUUAUACGGGCUAUGCGUUCACGUGUUGGCUGCAAUUGUGGUCCAAAAAAUUCAUGUAUACCUGGUCAGUGCUCAUGCGCAGAUGAUGGAAUUCCUUGUCAGGUUGAUCGAGCAUCCUUUCCUUGUUCUUGUACAGUUAACGAUUGUUGUAACCCGAAUGGUCGUAAUGAAUUCUCUCAUGAACAAGUCCGCGCACAUACUCAACAUGUUUUGGCACGUUUCGCCAAUGAUUGCUCUAUUCAACCUGUUCACUCUACAUUGGAUAUGUCAACAACAUUGUUUAGUACACCGAAUGGUGCUUGUCGACUUUGUUUAGAACGUUCCAAAACAACAAACGCACCAUCGAAUAGUAGUCUCAUGUUUUUUUCCAAUAAUAAUAAUGAUAAUCAUUCUAAAUCAGUUGAACAAUUGAAUUCUACUCUGGACAAUCCAUUUCUUUCAAUUUCAAGCACAGAUCUGCCAUACACAAACAACUACAACAUAUUAUCUCCUGUGGAUAGAACCGAAGACAAUUGGUCACACCUUAGUCCAUGUUCUAAUUCUUUGAAAAAACAUUGUUUAAUGUCAGAUCACAGUACCGAUUCUAAUAGUCAAGUUUUACAAACUUCUUUUAUGCCAUCUGUUAGCUUGCCUGCUUCUCCAAUUGUGAUCGAAUUAACUUUUUCACCAGAUGCAAAGUCACGUACUAUCAGUCCAAAGCCGCCUACUAGUGGUUGGCAUCGAUUUGCGAAUGACAAACAAACACCUCUUCGUAAACAAUCAAGUUCUCGUAAUGUUUCAUUCACAGAAUGUGCUUCAUCAGAUGAUGAUUGUAUCAUAAUGAAUCACAUUCCGGAAGCAUGUAAAUCAUCUUCUGUAAAUGAAAUCCCGAAUACAAAUUCAUUAGCUGAUGUUUCAAUAAUUCACAACAUUAAUGAUGUCAGCCGGGAUUCUGUUCCCCAUUCUCAAAUGGUCACAAAAAUUAUUCAACGUCGAAGAUCUCGUUCAGCUGAUAUCACCGAAUCACGUAAUUGUGACGAGUUUUCUAUCGACAUAAACAAUAAUCAUACAAAAAAUGUUGACAACAUUCUUACUCCUAUCCUUCCAUUAGAUUCCGAUAUGAUUGAGUCUAGUUCAAAUGUUAGACAGUUAUCUCAAGUUCCCGAUGCAUUUGAAUAUGUGAAAUCAACUGCUUGUUGGCCUGUUACUAAUACGACUACUACUACUCUAAGGAGUGUUGAUAAUAAAAAUUGUUUUAUUUCGAAAUCCGCGCCAAAUAGUCCAUGUCUACAGAAAAACGAUUUUCCAUUCGGUAGAAUUUCGCUACGUCGUCGAGCUAUUCCACGUACUCCAAUAUUGACAUUGUCUAGAAGAAAAGCAUUGGGAAAAUCUAAUUUGUUAUCAACCCCCAGUAAUAAACCGAAUUCACCACAAGCUGGUGAAAAUCUCUCCACAUCUGUACCACAGUCCAGUUCCGAUGAUAAUGCUGAUACUAGUAAUAAUAAUAGUAAUAAUAACAAUACAAUCACUGAAACUCAUGCACAGCCAUCAUCAUCCUCAUGUUCAUCAUAAUCGAGUGACAUGCAUAUUCAGUCCUUUGUACAUGAAAUGUCAUUUCGUUGGAAUAUCAGUCAAUUUAACGGUGUAGUGUAGUGUAAUGUAGUACAAUGCAGUACUGUGCAUUGUAGGUGUGUGUGUGUGGGUGUUUGUAUUUGUACAAAGAAUGUUAGAAAUUUUUUUUUAGAAAAUUUUUUAAUUUUAAUUUUUUUUUCUGAUACUUUUCUCCUUCUGUCUUGUAUUACAACGUGUGUUGUAUUUUCUCUUAUUGUGAAUAUUUUUUUUUACAAAAAAAACAAGAAUGAUUUUUAUGAUUAGCCAUUAUUAUUGUUAUUGUGUUCAAGCGCUCUCUUUAUAUACAUUAAGACAUUACUAAUGGUUAUGCAAUCAAUUCUUCAUUGUUUCAUUUAUCUAACUAGUAAUAAUAAUAAUAGUAGUAGUAUUUAUUGUUUAUCGCAAAAAGAAGAACUUGAAAGAUCUAACUGACGCGUUUCAUUCGCUUCAACUUGACUUGCUCGCUACAUGUGUAUUUCGGUUUCAGCAAAUGGACACUAUGUGUGUGUAUAGUUUGUGUUAGCUCUGACUCUUUGUUAUUUUAGUGUACGUGCAAAUUCAUACUAUACAUACCGUAAUAAUACCAGUAGUAAUAUGGAAAUCAGUUGAUUUAUCCCUUCUCUUUUGGAAAGUUCUGUUCACUCUUUCUCUCUGUCUCCAUACUUGAAAUUGUGUGCGUGAUUUCCGCCUUCCUUUUUUUCAAUAUCCCGCCAUUCGUUUUUUUUUUAAAUUAUUCAAUUAAUUAUAUUACUCAUUGUCUACUUGUACCGCAUUUUAUUUUUUACAUAAAAACAAUGAAUGACUUUUGUAGUUCUCUUUGUGUGUGCGUGCGUGUGUACCUAUGUACAUGUAUAUAUAUUUAUAUAUAUAAACCAAAAACACAGUCAUCCAGGAAAAACCACAACAACGUGGUGAUUCGUAAUAAUAAUAAAACAGAAUUUAUUUGGCUCUUUUUACAGUUUUGAAAGUUAUCAUUGAUCUGUUUUUU